GUGGAAUUCUGGCCCCUUUGGCCCUCGCCUCUAUGAGGGGCCAUCUGGACAUUGUACAGAAGCUUCUUGAGGCUAAGGCGGACAAGGAUGAAGUUUCGGAUGUGGGUCCAGAGCGAACAACCCCCCUCGGAUUGGCAUCAAGCGCCGGCCAUGUGGAGGUCGCGGCGCUGUUGCUGGAGGCACGGGCUGACGUGGACAAGGUGGAUGAGCUAAUCUUCACUGUGAAGGCAAAGGCGACGCCAUUAGCCUUGGCCGCCAUGAACGGUCAAGUCGAUGUCGUGCGCUUGCUGCUACAGUCGAGGGCCGACAAGGAUGCUGGGCUGAUCCGCUUCGGCUUGCGUUUGUCGCCUCUGGGCCUUGCGGCGCGGGAGGGGAAAACGGAGGCCGUGCAGCUGCUCCUUGAG